AUGCCACACGACCCCGUGUACACAUGAGCACCGAGCACAACCACCGCUUACUUUGAGCGCGCGUUGUGUGGUUGUGUCACCUGUCGGCGAUAUGAAGGUCUCAACGCCACGGUUGGGGCUCAACCCUCUUGCCGUCUCGUUGCUCCUAUUCUUUUCCCCAGCCUCCGCCGAUCCCGCCCCUGUGACCGAUCUUACAACAACAGUUGCUACAUCGUCCGCCGGCGACGGUGGGCUGGGCUUGUGCUACGACGAGGGGCUCGCGAGCGUGAUCGUCCGCUUGACGGAAGCUGCGUACUGCACACCGCAGCUCGCGUCGUGGAGCUGCAAGGCCUGCCAGCACUUCCCGGGCAUGAGGAACGUCACCGUAAUCAACGGCGAAAAGCGCAACGUUCGGGGCUUUGUGGGAGUCGAUAUCGGGGACGCCGAAGCAUCAAACCGGUACACUUCAACUCCGCGCGGACCCGGCCCUGACGAUCGACGACACCUCCGCGCUGCAGAGGGUGACGACAAGGGCGCAGGUGGGGCUGCACGAUCCGGUAAACCGCGCAUCGUGAUUACCUUUUCGGGGACGGACCCGAGCAGCGUCAAGAACUGGAUCGACGACCUGGAAGCUACUACCGUCCCCAACACGUACGGGGGAUUAUGCGAGCAGUGCCAAGUCCACCGAGGCUUUCUAGCGGCGUAUGACCUGGUGAAGGACCAGGUCCGCUACGCGAUUGGGCAGCACAUGCAAUACAACCCGCACGUCCAGAUCCUCAUCACCGGCCACUCCUUAGGGGCGGCGCUGGCCGUGCUCUGCUUCUUGGACCUCCGGGUGAAUAGGGGUCUCGGGCAGGGACCGAACUCGUCGGUCUCCUUCGCACCUCUCUACCUCUUCGGCUCCCCGCGGGUCGGGAACGAAGCGUUCGCGACCUUGACGACCCGCCCGGGCGUUUCGAUCUUCCGGCUGGUGCACCACCGUGACCCGGUGCCACACCUGCCGCUGGAGGCCUGGGGGUACCACCACCCGCCCACGGAGGUGUUCUACACCGAGGACCAGUCGAGCUACCAGGUCUGCAACAAAAGCGGGGAGGACGACACGUGCUCGAACCAAUUCUGGGCGAUUUUCGGCAAUAUUGAGGACCACCUGUGGUACCUGGUGGUGAACUACAGCACGGCUUACAUGCAGUGCCAGCUCGACGGAGAAUCGCGAACGGACAGAGAGGCGGCGCCGGCGCUUGCUCCGCCGGCUGCGGUCGCCUAAGACCCGGGCCACAAGGGGUGUGAUGCUUCUUUUUUGACGGACGACGGCGUGACGAGAGCACCCGUGCGUACGAGAUGGGCGGAGGAGACCAUCGUUUAUCUCACGGCAGAGGCAGGGGCCGCUAUAUAUCCACGUGUAUUUGAGCAGGCUGUCUUGCGUACGACUCGCCCAGAGGGCUUAGGACGGGACGGAGGCGGAGGCUUGGGCGGUACGUAACGGAUGCUGCGGUUGCGGCUGGGCUUCUGUCGCCUGCUGUGGUGACGGGGCCGUUGCUGUCGAGUACGGGCUAUGGUUACAGGUGUCCGACUGGUUGGAAACAGGAGGUUGCAAGCUCUUUAUCCCUUCCUAAUGGAACCCGGAUUCCGCGCUCAUAGCGAUUGGUAGAUUGGUGGGGGGCCGGGGCCGGGGCCGGGGCCGGGGCCGGGGCUGGGGGAGAGAGCUAGAUUCAGGUGGUAACCCGAAAAUGACAAGAGAGGCGGCUCUCAAGGGAGGAGGCAGAAGGUUGAAGAGCUGCCGUCGACUGCUGAGGGCGUAGCCGCAGCUGUUGUGUCAGUUUUCGGGGAUGAUUUGGGUGUUAUAAUGCAGGGCCAUUCAAUACCCAACCCUUGUUGAUAUUUUUCCAUUCUAUUGUUGCUGGUUGGCAGUCCCUCCUCCGGUAAGGGUAUAGCAACCGCCGACGCUCUUCAAUUAUGCACGCCCUGGUUGAUAGCGGUUUAUUUUUGGGGAACAGCCUGCCUUCGAAGCCUGGUGGAGGAGUGGGGAUGUCAUGCCAUCAGAGCAAGCAGUGGUAGGCGUAGUGCCGAAGCCCUGUGAAGGGAGCGCUCAUCUCACGCGUUGGGCGGUCCCUGUGCAGGCUGGGCUGGUUGAUUAGUCGUGCAGGUUUGGAGCCGACAAUGGCGCCUUCGAACCUCCUGUGGGUGCUUGUUGGGUCGGUGUUGCUAAUGGUAACAAGAACAAGAAUGUUGUUUGCAGUUUUCUUGGGGGGGGGGGAGGUCACAUCCUUGUCCAUAUAUAUUUGUAAAAAUGGCGUCCGCAUUUGCUCGAAUGAGGAGUGACGCAGAAGAAUUUCUAGUGGUGCAUGCGUUGUACGUCGCUUUCCAAAUGGUGGGCGGGGUAGCAUCUCGUAUAUCCGGUGGGUCGUCUGUACGAAGUAGUACGUGAUUGCCCGCGAACGCAACUAGAGGCAAGAAGAAUGAGAAUAUCAGGGGCGGUGUUCGUCCGUUGCCCUUAAUUUUCAAACGGUCACACUGGGGUUGGAGGUGCCAAGGUGGGAAAAAAGCGGCGGGGUGUUAAUCCAUCUUCGCUGGGGGAGACCCCUUAAGGCAAACAGCCAGUGAGUAGAAGCUAAAAUUAAGAGGAAUUUUUGUGGGCAUAAGAUACGCGUAAUGAAAAAUUGCCUUCGGAAAGAUCCAGCGGAAAAUGGGCAAUCUGUUCUGCGCAGCACACGAAACGGCGAGGAUAUACCCUCCACACUCUCC